UGGACGGAUUUGAUUUCCGGCACCUUGCUUUGCCAGGGCCCAAGCAUUCCUUUCCUUCCUUGCUCCUAGCACUCAUCCCUGUAACGACGGCAAACCGCAUCGACGAGGAGGUGACCCCUUCUUGUACCUAUUUAUCACGUUCGGCCGUCUAUUUGACUCAGAGAUGGUCGCACCCAACCUGCAAGGCCUAAACAUUGUACACCCAGUGCAGAAUUUAGAUUCACAGGACCUCCUACCCGUACACCCGUACCCCGACCUUUCUGCUCAGUUGGAGUUGUGGACCAAUCUGCCGUUUGACUCAGAGGAAAGCCCGGUUCUGUCGGGCAGCGAGUCCAAAUAUGCCAAGAAGAUGGUGGGAGAAGAUGAGGAGGAGGAUAGGCUACGGGAUGGACCCAAGAGCGCCGCCAUCCAUGACGGUCACAUUAAUGUUGUGACCGGUACCACCGUCGCCAAUAGCCAACAGCACCAGCAAGUUCCAGGACCUGCGUUUGACUUGAACUCAUUCUUAGCCGGAUUCCAUGUCGAUCCAUUCAGUGCUACCCAGCCUGUACAGAACCAACUCCCUCAUACGAACGCUAUCGCUCCUUCUCUCGCCCAGCUGCUACUCUUUCAUUCGGCUGCAAGUGGAUCCCAGUCUCCUCCUAAAGCCCCUGUUGCCAGCGAGAAGUUGGCCGCUGAGGACAUGGCUCAGCCGCCGGCCAAGCGUGCACGUACCCGUAGGACCUCUGUCUCGACAGUAGACUCGCCUGUGGAGAGCACUCCGCUCUCUGCCUCUGAGGAUAAGCGCCGUCGCAACACCGCUGCUAGUGCGCGGUUCCGAUUGAAGAAGAAGGAGCGGGAGGCGGCGUUAGAGGGUAAAGCGAAGGAACUUGAGGCGAGAGUUAAUGAAUUGGAGCGGGAGUGCGAAGGUUUGAGGCGCGAAAAUGGCUGGCUAAAGGGACUUGUAGUGGGCGUAACAGGCGCCGCGCAAGGAACUACGGUUGCAGGUGCUCCAUCGGCAGUCACUGUCACCGUUUGGAGAGCCAGGUCUACUGUGACUAAAUUUAUCGCCUUCAUUUCGUCAGCUUUCCAUUUCUUGAUUAUGCUCUUGAUUAUGAAGAUUCACGUAUUGCUUACUUUUCCAUGAGAUAUUUCUCUUCUUCCCCUUCACCUCCAAUGUAGCACAAUCAUCUAAGCGAGCAGAGGUAGUAGACAAAAAAAGGUAAAAUGUAUUAAUCGCGGUAUUGAUAAGAACUUUCCCAUAUUUUCUAGUGUUCUACGACUACGUCAAUCAAUCAUACUAGCUCUAAGGUGACAUAGCGCGUAUUGAUGUACGUACUCCGAGUCGUCGGGUUUUGAUGGACGUUUGCCGUGGAGCGCUUCAGCGAUAAAUAGCCGCGUCGUGUAUGGCGGCGUGUUGGCCUGUGAUACCCGGGGGGAAAUCUCUAUCGCCACUCUGAUUGUUAUGUACUCUUGUAGAUCCAUGCUACUACCUUUCAAGUGCAACUUGAGCUUGAAUGUCAG